UGAGCACGACCCACUACGUCGCUCGUCUUUCUGGAACAUAUAGUGACAUCCCACCACGUCUCAAGAUCCCAUGGGAAAGGCGAGAAAGAACAAGUUUUACGCUGUCAGGAAAGGCAGAGAAGGUCCUCGCAUCUACUCGUCCUGGGAAGCGGCCAAGGAGAAUGUGCGUCAAGCGGUACGCAGAAGAAGGUACAGGCUGAGCCUUGCACGCAGAUCUACAAGUACCCAGGAGCGGUGCAGAAGAGCUUCGCAACCCAGCGUGAAGCGGAGGAGUGGCUGAAUGUCGCGCCGGACUUAUCGCACACUUACGUACCUGGGUUGCCUUUGAGUAUGGAACCGUGUUCCAUCGGGACAACACGCGUCAAAC